AUGGAGGUCCCCAUGGGACCAGCUUGCAUCUUCCUGAGGAAAGGGAUUGCGAAGAAGCACAGGGAUCGUCCACUAGGACCAGAUGAGAUCGAAGAGCUUCGGGAAGCCUUCCAAGAGUUUGACAAGGAUCGAGACGGUUUCAUCUCCUGCAAGGACCUGGGGAAUCUGAUGAGGACCAUGGGCUACAUGCCCACUGAGAUGGAGCUGGCAGAGUUGGGACAGCAGAUCCGAAUGAACCUUGGGGGCAGGGUUGACUUUGAGGAUUUUGUUGAGCUAAUGACACCCAAGCUUCUGGCAGAGACAGCUGGGAUGAUCGGAGUGCAUGAGAUGCGGGAUGCCUUCAAGGAGUUUGAUACCAAUGGAGACGGCUCAAUCACCUUGGUGGAACUUCGCCAGGCCUUGCAAAGGCUGCUGGGGGAGCAGCUCAGUGCUCGCGAGAUUUCUGAGGUUGUGCAGGAGGCUGAUGUCAAUGGAGAUGGCACCGUGGAUUUUGAAGAGUUUGUGAAGAUGAUGUCCCGCUGAAGAGCCUGGUCCUGGCCUCGGCUCCUUGUCCAGGAGAAGCUCAGAAAUGCGGGGCAGGAGCUGUCCCACCUUCCCCAGGUGGGCCAGGAGGCCGAGCAUUAUGGGAUCACAGGAUUUAGAAGUAGAUUAGAGUUUAGAGGGGAUUAAAUCCAAUUGCCUAAUUUUGUAGCUGGAGGAAUAAACCCGAGAGAUGGGGAGGAGGGUUUUACACAGGGUCAUGUGGCGGGUCCCCCCCCCCCAGAGCCUGGAUGUGUGUGUGUCGGGGCGGGGGGGAAGUCUCCGGACCCAAUCCGGUGCUCCCUUCAGUGAUGGUAAGCUGGGAGAGAUGCUCCCCACCCAUAAUGCCCUUUGGGAUAUUGUCCUUUCCCUGAGCCCCAACUCUCAGCGAGAUGGAGUUUAAUCCCCAGAUCAGAUUAACAGCAGCUCUGGCCUUCUGCCCCUUCGGGGGCAGUGGAUCUUGGACUGUUAAUCUUUGGGGGAAAUACUAGGCCAAGGCCAUUCCCCCGCCCCCUAGCUUGGCGUGGACCCAUCCAGAGUUCCAUCCCUCCGAGUCUUUCAUCAGAAGUCAAGUGUGCGGAGCUGAGGACCCCGGGAACAAGAAGGCCGGUUAUGAAGCUCUUGCUGCAGUCAGAUUAUCCAAUUUCCCAGGUCCCCGCUUCUGUCUGCUGCUUCUCAUCAGGGUCUAGAUCUAGAACAGGGUGGGACGGUAGAGCUCCUUUAGUCCAAUGGACCAUUUUGGGGCCCUUCUCGUCCAAGGUCACACAUUGUAAAUUCUUGGAGGUUGAGGGGCCCUUUGACCCCAAAUGCAGAAUGUUCUUUGUCUUGAACCAUAUUGUGACCAUCAACAUAGAAUUUAACCCUUCCCCCCAUAAUUAGUGGGGGGGGGCGGGGAAACCUGUGAAGGAGAAUCCCUUUAAAGAAGUGAGAGUUGAACAUAUUUGGAACAUAAAAUACUGAAGUGGAAGAAAGAAUGUCGGAAAGUGAUUUAGCAGGUGCAAAAGUGGAUGGGUUGGUGAAAUGUGGAGUUGGGAAGGUUCUCCGAGAUCAUCCAGUCCCCCCACCUUUCUCAAGGAGGAGACCCUGCUGCCCCCUCCCUUUCAGUGAUGGGGAGCUCAUCCUCUCAGUUUCAACCAAGUCCUGGCUUCUCCCAUCUCUGUACCCCUCCUUGCUCAAGACCCUCCCUUGACUGGAUGGUUCCCUUGUCACCCUUCUCCUCCCUCUCCCUCAUCUCUCACCCUAGUCCUCCGCUACUGUCGGCCAUGUUACUGGUGAAUUGUUUUCCUCCAGGUACA